AUGGAGAAAACAAGCAACAAUAGCUUGAAGCUUGUAGGCUUUUGGGCCAGCAUAUAUGCUCAGAGAGUGAAAUGGGCACUGAAACUGAAGGGCAUAGAGUACCAAUACAUAGAAGAAGAUAUAUUCAACAAAAGCCCUCUGCUUCAUCAGCUCAAUCCUGUCUAUGGAAAAGUCCCUGUUCUCGUUCUUCAUGAUGGAAAAUCACUGCCAGAGUCCCCAAUCAUACUCGAAUAUAUCGACGAAACGUGCACCGAUCACCCGUUGUUGCCCCGCGACCCUUACGAAAGAGCCCGGGCCAGGUUUUGGGGUAGAUUUGUGGAUGAAAAGGUUGUGGAAUCAACGUGGCUUGCUCUUUGUUCAGAAGGCGAGAACCAGGAAAAAGCGGUGAAAGUAGCUAUCGAGGCCCUUGGGAAAAUGGAAGAAGAGCUAAAUGGGAAAAUCUUCUUUGGAGGGGACACGAUUGGGUUCUUGGAUUUAAUAAUGGCAUUUGUUUCGUACGUGUUGCCCGUCUGGGAGGAUAUCGCCUCCGUGAAAAUCCUCGACCCUGUGAAGUUUCCAGGAUUAACUGCGUGGAUGGGUAACUUUAUCAAUCAUCCUGUGAUUAAGGGUGAUUAUUUGCCACCCAGAGCUGCUGUAUUCGACUAUUUUCGGGGGAGACGUGAGCAGUUAAUCUCUGUUUAUGCCUCUUGUGAUGUGGAUCAGUGGAUGCAGUCUUGA